AUGGCCUUAGCAAAGCCUCCAGAUUGUCUUAAAAAGUUUAAUAGAAUUUGUAAAGUAGCACAAGACAAUGAAGAAGUCGACCCGAUUAUCACAUACUAUUGUCGUCUGUUCGUGGUUAGUAUGGGACUUAGAGAAGAUUCUAAGAAUAAAGAUGCCCGUGAGUUUAUAGGCAAGCUUUUGGAUUACCUGGAUGCUGAAAAGAAGGCGCAUGCAGCAGAUUCGAUGUACACUGAAGAACAAGUUGGACUACAAUAUGUCGAAAACCAGGCGUUGGAUUUAUUUACCACUGCAUUCAAGAGAGACGAGAGUGGAGAUUUUAGCAAUGCUACUAUUAGUGGCUUUCUUAAUGCCGCGACCUUACUUGAAGUUUUAACUCUGAAUGGGGAGACCAAUGAUGAGUUAACGAAUGCCCGCAAGUACGCCAAAUACAAAGUUGUGUAUCUAAUGAAUUGCAAGAAGAAUGGUAUCCAGCCAGUUGCGGGUCCUUUAAAAGAAGGAGAUGCAUCUGUUGCACCAGACAUCGCGGGUCUGCGUGAACAACCCUCACCACCGAAAGCAGAUAGUCCAAAGUCCUCCCAUGAGCCCUCUACACUACCCGAUAAGCACACUGAACCUGCAUCAAAUUCUGGUUCAAGAUCAGUAGGCGGGUUAUCUACCGAAUCUCACGAGAACGCAACCAAGGCAGUUAAAUUCGCUCUUGGCUGUUUAGAGUACAAGGACAAGGAUGGAGCUAUUAAGUUUCUUCAGGACGCUCUCAAGCACUUAACAACGAACUAG